CUAAUGUCCAGAAUAACAGAAUUAAACAUGAUUGCAUUUAAAUAAGAUAAAUUAAUACUAAUGCUAAUACUAAUCUUCUUCUCAACUUCAUGUGUUGACUCCAUUCUUAUUAUUAGGCUACACGCCAAACCCCACCGGGUCCCGUGGAUCUCCCGCUAAAUUUUCUGACCGGCCAUUCCCGCCCAGGGCAAAGGUGAAACCGCCCGCUCCCGCGAGAUUUGCGUUGGGUCCCGCGGGAGCCCAAUCCCAAUGCAGCCCUCUACCUCAUACCAUGCAGUUGUAAAAGUGAAACAAGGAAGUGUGAUAUAUAUAUUCGAAGAGUUUACUUCUGCGUCAACGUUUUAUUGUCUGUGUGACAUUAAUGAAUUGAUUUUGGCAGUUUGGCCUUUUGUUUGUUAAAAAGUUUAGGAGUUCUUCAUCAGAAACUAUGUUUCAGAAAAGGAAGACGAGAGGACAAAAAGAGGGAACUGAACUAGAAACACUGCUUGGACAAGAUGAAGAAACUGAACCAUCUUUUCAAUACGGAGCCACCUUCUAUGAAGCAUCUUCAUCCAAAUUCACACAUUCAGCAAACCCUAAUGAAGAGUGUAGAUUUAUACUGCUGGGAGGUGAUGAAGGUGCUAAUAAGGAUGUGUGCAGGAUCAUAUUCAGGAAUCAGAGGAACCAACAAAGAACUGAGCUGGAAGAUUGGGAGCUGCAGGAGAACCAUGUCCAUGGAAGACAUGUCACUGUGGCCAUCAGUCCCCCUACUUGGUUGGAGCAUUUGAGAUCAUAUAUAUUUCUUUCCAGAGGAAUCAGAAGUAUUAAAAAUGACAUUGAGAAAUGUGUGUCAGUGGCGUUCCCUGGGCCUAAUGCAUUUCUAUUAGUGAUCAGAGAUGGACGUGACAAUGGAAAAGAACAUUUCCUUUUAGAAGCAGUCGCUUCAGUGUUUGGGAAACAGGCCUUAGACUACAGCAUGGUGCUGCUCAUUAGAGGUUCUGGACAAAAUCGUUCAGAUCCUCCCUCAAUGAAGUGUGUAAAGAAAUGUGGCCAGAGGCUUCAUGUUCUAGAGGACACUGAUAGCAGUGUUCAGGAACUUUUCAGUAAAGUUUUAAGAAUGAUUAGUGACAAUAAAAGGAAGUUCUUUAUUCCACCAGCAUAUGAAAAGUUUAUGGAAACUGAAUUUGAAUCAUGGGAAACGAGAAGAAUUUCAAAAAUGAAUACAUUUCUGGCUAAAUGCCAGGAUGAGAAAGACAACCUUAUUGGAGAACUUAGAAAUGACCUGGAUGCCUCAAAAGUGAGAGAAGAUCAACUAAGAAUGGAACUGAACACUAGCCAACAAAGCGAGAAUAAACUAAGAAAUAAAAUGAAAGAUUAUGAAUCUGAGUCCAGUAAACUAAGGAAGGACUCGGAUCCUUCUAUGAGUGAACUACAAAAGGAGUUGGAUGUCUCUAAAAAGAGUGAGAGUGAUCUACAAAAGGAGUUGGAUGCUUCCAAAUCCAGCAACUAUGAACUAAGAAGGAAUUGUGAAAUUUUACAAAUAAGAGAGCGUGAACUACAAAAGAAGUUGGAUGUCUCUAAAAAGAGUGAGACUGAACUACAAAAGGACUUGUGUGCCUCUAAAAAGAGUGAGAGUGAACUACAAAAGAAUUUGGAAGCUUCCCAACUAAGAGAAACCAAACUAAUAAAAGAAUUAGAUGAUUUCAGAAGAAACGAGUGUAACACAGGAAGGUUACUGGAUUCUGCACAACAAAGAGAGAGUGAAGUUAAUAAGGAGGACUGUGGUGUAAAAAAGGACAACACUGAACAAGAACCACAAGCCAGUGGAACGAGGAACCGCAGAGGCAGCAAAGACCUUGAAGUUCCAAACUUUUCCACUGAACAGACUCAUUAUUUUUUGGGCACAAUGUAAAUGGAUAGAAGAACAGACUUUAAGCUUAAUCCAUCACAAGAGAAGGCUGAUGAAAUCCUGACUGGUUACAUACACAAAGAAAAUCUUUUCUAAAGAAGCACAGUGAAAGUGUGACAGGAGAUUUUUUACCAAAGAAAAAAUUUUGUAUUUAUUAAAGGAUAGAACACCUAAUAGAGCUUCAUUAGUUCUCACAGUAAAUGUACAUCAUGUGAAAAUACCUCUGAUUCGGUGAGAGUGAAAAGCUGCACACUAACAUGAUAUGUGAAGACAAACGUGACAUGAAUUGCUUUUCAGGAUCAGAAUCAGAUUUAUUGGCCAUGUGUGUUGAUGUUGACACACACAAGGAAUUUGGUUCCAGCUGUUUGUGACUCUCAGAAGUACAGACAUAAAUAACACAAUACUAUACAAAACAAUG